UGUGACCGAAUUAAGUAGGCGCCCCGCACUCACCCUCCUUGCGGACAGCAGGGUUGGCGCAAUGCACUUCGCCACUUCAAUUCCUUGUGACCGUGAGACUUGCGCCCGUGGAUGUCCAUGGGCGAUCCUCCCCGUCACUAUCACUUUCCGCUUUCGGGCGCUCAGCGCUAAUACUCGCGGCCAUACACCCACCACGAAGAGAGAGCCGCUUUCCCUGUGGGUCUGAGGAUUCAACAAGCUGAGGAUCAUCCCGCGUUGCUCGGGAUGGGGCCGCUCCGUCUUGAGACGCCGAGCUGAGAAUCAUCCCGCGCUGUUCCGGACAAAGCUAUGACCCCUGACAGUGCAGUUCAAUGAUCAGCCAGACAAUUCAUCAUCCAAACUCGGUGUAUAUAUGUCUGUACGCCUUGCACAUAGCGCGCGAACUGAACUUCUGCAUAAUCUCCGUAUACGGCCCUGGCGACCACUGCACCUCCCCACAGCCACAUCAUCUUGUUGCCUCUUCUCGUCCCGAUGCAGAAGUCUCUCGACCUCGCUUGCUGGCUGCAAGUCGGCUCUUUUUUUCCACCGUGUGCCUAAGUGUCUUGAGCAUCGCAGGUGUAGUUUUAUCGAGACGCCGCUCCAACCGCGAAAGUACUAAAACGGGAAUAUCCAUAUAUCCACCCGUCUACACCGCUUGUCCGAAGGCUUUUGACAUUGUCUGGAUCUCCCACCUCUUAGUUGUCGUCGUCUUCGCUUUGGGAAUGUUGCCAUCGCUUUUCAACUCUAUCGAAGUCUUUCGGGGACCCACUGGGUUCGUCUUUGGCCGCAAUCACGGGUGCGGGCGCUGUGGCUGUACGUUGCCGCAGCCGUCAUCUUCCUCGCGGGCCUCAUUGGGGCCGUCUUUCUCCCUAUAGAUAGCCACCGCAAGGCUGUGACUUGUACGAUAGUGACUAUCGUACAAGUGUGGUCUGUGGGCGAGUCUCUGGCCAGGAUGACGUCCUGGAAGCAAGCGAGGUGGAAGUUAUUCCUU